UGACAGAAAAUACUAGAAGAAGAGCCACUAGUUCGCUGGAUUGGCUUGCCCAGUAAAAACAAGUUAUAGUGGGGUAUGUUUAUCCUCCACACCAGUAACUCGAGGUCUUUUGUCGUCUUUCUAUAACACUAACUAUAAUAACCAUGGACGGCGAGGAAGAAAGCAAGCCAAUAGAACUGAUGGAAGUGAAAGAAGAAAGUGAAGAACUGACUGAACUAGAAGAGAUGCAUCAAAAUCAAGAACCAAAAAUACUUCACAAAACCGAAACCAAUAUUUUUUUCUCUUGCCCUCAGUGCGGAAAGAGUUUCACACAGAAAGCACACCUCAAGGAUCACAUACGAAUUCACAUUGGAGCUAGGCCUUUCACGUGUCAUCACUGUGGAAAGGAUUUCACACAAAAAACAAACCUUAAGGAACACAUGAGAAUUCACACUGGAGAGAAGCCUUUCACAUGCCAUCUGUGUGGAAAGGGUUUUACCCAAAAAGGGCAACUUAAGAAUCACAUACGGAUUCACACUGGAGAGAAGCCUUACAUGUGCCAUCAGUGUGAAAGGAGUUUCACACAAAAAGGGCAGCUUAAGAACCACUUGAAAAUUCACUCUGGUGAGAGGCCUUUCAUUUGCCUACAGUGUGGAAAGAGCUUUUUACAUAAAGGAACCCUUAAGGAUCACAUAAGAAUUCACACUGGUGAGCGGUUAUUCAUGUGCCCUCAGUGUGGAAAGAGUUUCACACGUAAAGACAUCCUUAAGAAUCACCUGCGAAUUCAUUCUGGAGAGAAGCCCUUCAUCUGCCUUAAUUGUGGAAAGAGUUUCACAAAAGCAGCAUAUCUCAGAAUUCAUCAGCACUCUCAUUCCAAAGAAAGGCCAUUUGACUGUGAUCACUGUGGAAAAAAAUUUCUUUCAGCAUUACAGCUAAAAAGACAUUUGAAAAUUCAUGCAGAUGAGAAGUCUUACCCAUGUUCUUUUUGUGGGAAAACUUUUUCAAUGAUUGAAUAUUUGAAAAAGCAUGAGAAAAUACAUACUGGUGUGAAAGCUCAUGUGUGUUCUGAGUGUGGAAAUAUAUUUUCUACAAUUACUUUCUUGAAAGAGCACCAAAGAACCCAUACUGGAGAGAAACCUUACACAUGUUCUCAUUGCGGAAGGCAUUUCACUCAUUCAAGUACUUUGAAAAAACAUGAGAGAGUGCAUACUGGAGAAAAGCCAUACCAAUGCCUUAUAUGCAUGAGGAGUUUCACUGCAUCAAGUACUUUACUGAGACAUAGAAAAACAUGUUGCCAAAAGCUGUUGUCACUGUGAGCAAAGAGCAAAUAUCGGGGUUCCAGAAUGCAGAUAUAUGAGUGUUUUUCCAGGCUGUGUGACCAAUUUUGGUAGAGAGUUUUUUUUCCCCCUUCGGUGACUCACUGGAUAGGGUUCAAACUUGUUUUGACCAUGCAGCAUGAUUUAUUUAAACACCCAUGCGCAAAACAUAAAAUUGUGAUGUACAGUGUGAAGUGCUGCAGUGUGAAGUCUGCCCAAAAUUCUAUUACAAAGCCCCUGUGAAAGUCAGACACUACAAAUCUACCCCAUUUAUAUUGUAAAAGUGGCAGACGUAUUUAUAGUAUUUAUACAUGUUUAAAAACUGAAAUACAAUCUUUAAUUCAUCCUGAUAAUAAAGAGCCAUGCAUGGUUUUACAUGUG